CUGGCAUCUUUGAACUGUCCAACAUUUGCUACCAAAUGUAAAUGGGCCAAUACCAACGACGAAGAGCUGGACUGGACAACGUUACAGGCGGUUCCGAAUCCGGACCGAUUUUUAUCACUCGUUGAUGGCGAGGACUAUCCCGAUCCGGCCGCAGGUGUUCUCACGUCACCUCAACGCCCUGGUUGGGAAGGAGGUCAGCUGAUAUCUGACCCACUUCCCUGUCUUCCAUAUGGUAUUCGAGUUACUGCUACAGCAUGGAAAACACAAAACGGUCCCCCUAACGAACAACCAAAAUUGCAGGUUUGCUCGAAAAACGUGGUUGAAGUGAGGUUUCCGUUGGUGAACUGCAACGAAUUUGAGGUCCGCAACGGAGUUCCAGUGAGCGUUGAUGUGCCUGCUGCUAACAGUCCCAGCCAACCCGCUCACAUUGUUUUUUAUGGAAACAAUUUCGUAUCACCACAAGGUGGAGCCAUAUUUCUGCAAGAUAUUGUUGUCGAAGGAACUCUUACGUGUGGUGGCGAUCAAAAUCCAAGUGACCAUCCCAAGCUGAUAGAUGAAGCAGAAGUAUUCCGGAAGCAGCCAUCUGGCGAUGAUCUUCAGCAGUUGGUGAUGGAGGGCUUGUCCAGCUUGGAGGCCCUUGUAGAUGGAACACCGGAGAAGAUGUCAAACAAAAUACUGAAUCCCCUGACGUCGAUGUCUGGUAAUCCACACGAUAAAGCUUCGAUCGUGCAAUCGAUUUCUGCGGAACGUUCACAACAAAUGCCUUUCACAACAUCUACCCUACCGCCACCCGCGAUGAUGCUUUCGCCAGCACUUUUUGAGAGCUGUUUGGAACUUUCAUGCAAUCCUUCUGAUCUCAGCUGUUCAUUCUGGCGGUCUUCUGGAAACACUCGCUGGGAGAUUGGAUCCGCAGGAAGGCUUUCCAAUCCUCUUACGGGGAUAAAUCAGCUACCGGAAACAGGCCAAAAGUUUCUUGUGGCUCCAUUCAUGGAUUCGAAUACUAAGAGCUACACCUUGGUCUCGGAAGCUAUGACCGUUCCUCUAAUGGAAACUGUGUAUUUCUGUUUCUAUGAAUACUUUGCCACUCAAGGGUUUGUCUUAUCGAUAUGCACCGACAGGAUGGAUUGCUUCUACAGGAAAGAUAACCUGAUGACUGGAAACUCUAUUGAUGAUAAUAAAAAGUGGAAUGUCCGUUGCGUGAAAUUGCCAGUGGGAACUUAUGAACUGCGAGUGAUCGCUGAGAAUAACGGUGAGAACAAAGGCGAGAUUGGAUUUCUACCCAUCCGGCUCGCACGUGAUCCUACUGGACAACAAAUGAUUUGCUGA